UUGUGUGGCGAUGAGUGAACAGGUAAAGGCGGGCUCUGACUCACUCUUUCUAUUAUGACCCGACUCUCCGAGAAGCUCCGUCUCUCUCUCUUCCUGUACAAGCCAACCCGCUUUCUCUCUCUAAACCUCCUCCCCAACCUCUCUCUCUCCUCCACGCUCCACCUCUGCAAGUCCCUCGCACGCGCCCUCGCCUCGAAAACCCUAGCCUUCUUCUCCUCCUCCUCCGCCAUGGACGACCCCUACUGGGACCUCGAUUUCCGCCCCAGCUUUCGCUCCCAGCGCCUCCGCCUCCACGACGACUACGACGACGACGACCGCUCAAACGACGACGUUUCGCACAAUGCCGUCGAUAAGCUCUACCUCGUUCCCUACAGGUGGUGGAAGGAGGUUCGAACCGAAGACGAUCAGAUGGGAGGGGUCUUGUACACUGCGUCUACGGACGACGAUGCUGGCUCGGAGAUUUUUCUGAAUUUGAAGAAGAAGGACGUCGCUGAAGAAGGGUUUUCGGGGCGUGAGUAUGCAUUGGUCCCUGAACCUACAUGGUGUCGCGCUCUCAGACGGCAUAAUGAUUUCUACGCGGCAGCAAAGGAUAACGUGAGCCUUUUUGGUGCAGAAAUUUUCUUGAAGGAUGUGUUUUCUUUACAAAUUAGGCUAUUUGUCUCAUGGGAAACGAAUUCAUUGGUUGUAAAGAUCAGCCAAAGGGAUAAUACAGUUGAUUCUUACAAGAGGGCCUGCAAUAUUUUCAGUUCAGAGUAUGUUCCGUUGCAUAUUUGGGACUUCUCAGGGCAGACAACCCAAAUUUUCAUGAAUGACAGUAUUAAUUUGCCAAAUGAUAUUCCUGGACAACUGAACAAAGAGAUUCUCCUUGAACUGCGACUCCAUGGAUUUUCAUAUUAUAUGAAAGGUAGAGAUUGGAGGAGCGAUGAAGUGGCCGAUAAACAUCCCAGUAUGGAUAGUUCUACUUAUGGUGGCUCUAUGAAGAUGAAUGGGAGCACUGACUAUGUGAAUCCUUAUUUAACUCCGACCAACUCCUUGCAAAGUGGUACAAUCUAUAGAGGAGCUGGUUCCUUAGGCCUUAUCGGACUAGAAAAUCUUGGGAAUACUUGUUUUAUGAACAGUGCCAUCCAAUGCUUGGUGCAUACCCCAAAGCUUGUUGAUUAUUUUCUAGGAGAUUACCGGAAGGACAUAAAUUAUUCAAAUCCACUAGGAAUGAAAGGAGAACUUGCUUUAGCAUUUGGAGAGUUGUUGAGGAAGUUAUGGGCUCCAGGUGCAAAGCCAGUGGCUCCAAGAAUGUUCAAGCUAAAACUUGCGAGUUUUGCUCCCCAAUUCAGUGGCUAUAAUCAGCAUGAUUCCCAGGAACUUCUUGCUUUUUUGUUGGAUGGUCUCCAUGAAGAUCUAAAUCGUGUGAAAUGCAAGCCGUAUAUCGAAGCUCAGGAUGUAGAGGGUCGUCCAGAUGAAGAAGUGGCAGAAGAAUAUUGGCAAAAUCACCUUGCUCGCAAUGACUCCAUCAUUGUUGAUGUGUGCCAAGGCCAGUACCGGUCAAAAUUGGUUUGUCCUGUUUGCAGCAAGGUGUCCGUUACAUUUGACCCAUUUAUGUACCUUUCUCUACCAUUACCUUCAACAACAAUGCGGACUAUGACUUUGACGGUCCUAAGCACAGAUGGGACUGCAUUGCCAUGUACAUUUACUGUGACAGUGCCCAAGAGUGGAAGGUCGUUGGAUCUGACUAAUGCCUUAAGCACUGCAUGUUCUUUAAGAGAUGAUGAAACCCUAAUGCUUGCUGAGGUAUACAAGUGUCGCAUUUUUCGUCUACUGGAAGAUCCAUUUGAUUCAUUAGACUUGAUCAGAGAUGGUGACCGAUUGGUCGCUUAUCGGUUACCAAAGGGUUGUGAGACGUCCCUUUUGGUUACGUUUAUUCAUCAGCAGAUGGACAUGUGUCACAAUAAUGGGGAGAUGAGAUUAGUCCCACAGGCGUUUGGCAUUCCCCUUGUAGCAACAUUGCCUGAUGUUUGCAAUGGAUCUGAUAUUCGUAACGCGUUCCUGAAAGUACUAAAUCCAUACUUGAUGAGCCCUGGAGAUGUAUUGAAUAUUUUUGAUGAUGAUUUUGCUAAUGAAGAUUCUAAUGCUACUACUACUACUACUACAAUUAUGGAUAAUGAUGCCGACUCAGACAGGGAAUCAAGGGAUGAAGCAAAUUCAGAUACUGACUUCCAGUUUUACUUACCAGAUGCAAAAGAAGCUAUAGAAGAUACCUUGAUAGAGAUGAAUGAGCCAAUCGUGGUCUCAGGGUUGCCUAAGAGGUUGAAGGUGCUUGUUUUAUGGUCCGAUAAUAUGACUAAAAAGUAUGAUACAUGCCUUUUAAACACUUUGCCAGAGGUUUUCAAGCCCCAAUUUUUUGUGAGGAAGCCUGAAGAAUCUGUCUCUCUGUACAAAUGCCUUAAAGCCUUUAUGAAGGAAGAACCUCUAGGACCAGAGGAUAUGUGGUACUGCCCUAUCUGCAAGAAGCCUCAGCAAGCUAGCAAAAAGUUAGACCUUUGGAGAUUGCCUGAGAUUCUGGUUAUUCAUCUGAAAAGAUUCUCGUACAGCAAUUUAUUUAAGAACAAGCUCGAAACAUUUGUUGAUUUUCCAAUUUAUGGUUUAGAUUUCUCACCCUACAUUAGUCACCGAAAUAGCCAGUUAUCCAGCCAAUAUAUGUUGUACGCAAUUAGUAAUCACUAUGGCGGCAUGGGUGGUGGUCACUAUACAGCAUUUGUUCAUCUUGGUAAUGGUUCGUGGUAUGAGUUUGAUGAUGAAAAGGUUCUUCCUGUUGGUCAAGAGAGGAUCAGGACAUCAGCUGCAUACGUUCUUUUCUACCGAAGAGUACCGGAUAUAUAAACACAUAGACAGACAGUUGUAUAGUUAAGUAACAGUUGGGAAGCAGGUUGCCGGCGGCAGGAUGCACCCGGUUUAGAUGUUGGAGAGAGAGGAUAUUUUGUAGAGAAAAGGAGCACAGGAUUCAUGAUGUACAGCUUUUAAUGGCGUCAGUGAAAGAGGCACAAUAGAAGUAUUACCUUUUUUGGUAUUUGUUUACAUUGUA